AGAUUUUGCAUAUCCAAAUGAGUCUUUUACGUCCUGACAACAAAUUCAAAUAAAAUUGUUUUUUUAUUCCGUGUGCCAUAACCUCUUAGUGUUAAUUAUAUAGGACCCACUCGUUGUUUAUUCAGGGUUUACCACAAUUAAUUAUUACUGAGGCAAUACGCGAUAUAAAAAAUGGCCGAGCCUACGGAACUGAGCUUGAAAGUCCCUUGGGGUCACAUCUCCGCCCUCAGCUGGGGCUCACCCACUGCAAAACCAAUGCUCCUGGUGCACGGUACUCUGGACAAUGCAGGGUCCUUCACUCGUUUGAUGCGCCAUCUUCCCCAGGACUUCUACUACGUCUCCAUCGACCUCCCUGGCCACGGUUUGUCCUCCCACUUCCCCCCAGGCAUGUUCCUGGACUUUUUCAACUUCGUGAUGGCGAUCCAUUACGUCCUAGAAGAGCUCAACUGGAAGAGGUGCCUCUACAUGGGCCAUAGCUUUGGAGCCCAGCUCGGGGUCAUGUUCUCCAUCUUGUCCCCGAAUAGACUGGAGAAGAUCAUUGCCAUAGACGCGUUGUUCUCCAAACACUUCGCCCCGGAGGCGCUGUACACAAGAACGAAAACGAUCUUCGAUACGACAAUUUCUGCAGGACAGAAGAGAACACCGAGCCUCCACACCAAGGAAAAGAUUCUGGAGACACUCCAGAAUGGAAGACAGUUUCCCCUAACGAGAGAAGCUGCAGAAGCGCUUUUUGUGAGAGCCACGACGAAGGUUGGGGACAAGUACAGGUACAAUAGGGACGUGAGGAUGAGAAACAUCGUGACAUUGUAUUUCAACAUGGAGCAGUUGAUGGCGUACAUGAAACAACUGACCGUCCCUACUCUGUUGAUAAUCCCUGAACACUCGUGGUUCGAGCACUGGGGGGAAGUGGACUCCCUGGAGAUGAUCAAGAAGCAUCUCGCGGGGUGUGUGACGAUGCUGCGAGUUGCUGGGAACCAUGACGUGCACAAUAACGAGCCUCAGAUCGUAGUGCCUCAUAUCAUGGGGUUUUUCAAUGAUCAGAGGAGCAAAUUGUGAUGAUGUGGCGAUUUAGAAGCGAAAUCGGAAAAUUAUUUUUCGAUUAUUACCUCCAUACGUAUUUUUAUAAGCUCUAGGAUAGGUCAAAUUAUUGGUCUGAUCAGGAAAUUGAAUAAAUAUUUGAAAAAAAAAUUA